ACUCCAUUCACCAAACUAAGCAGCAAAGCAAGCUAGCAAAUUACUAGCUCCUCCGUUUCUUCUUGCUCUACGCCAGGAAAGCUACCUAGCUCCACUUCGUUGAGCCAAGCCUUCCCUCUGCCUCCCACCUUCUUUGCUCCUAAUCAAGGGUUAAACAACCUACCUAAAGGGAAUGGGCAGCUUGGGCACCAACCCCAUGUCCUUCUCCGCCAUCCCCGACGACAAGGCGGCGUUCGAACCGCUCAACCCCGAAGAUGUCCGUGCAUACCUCCACAAGGCCGUCGACUUCAUCUCCGACUACUACACCAACAUCGAGUCCAUGCCCGUUCUUCCUAACGUGAAGCCGGGAUACCUGCAAGAUGAACUCAGCGCAUCCCCGCCGACCUACUCCGCGCCGUUCGACGUCACCAUGAAGGAGCUCAGGACCUCCGUUGUCCCCGGCAUGACGCACUGGGCUAGCCCCAACUUCUUCGCCUUCUUCCCCUCCACCAACAGCGCCGCUGCGAUCGCCGGCGACCUCAUCGCGUCGGCCAUGAACACCGUCGGAUUCACGUGGCAGGCUUCGCCUGCAGCGACUGAGAUGGAGGUCCUCGCUCUCGACUGGCUUGCACAGCUCCUGCGCCUACCCACCACCUUCAUGAACCGCACUAGCACUGGUCGUGGCACCGGCGGUGGCGUCAUCCUCGGCACGACGAGCGAGGCAAUGCUCGUCACGCUAGUCGCCGCCCGUGAUGCGGCGCUGCGUCGGAGUGGCUCUGUCGGCGUGUCUAACAUCCCACGGUUGGCUGUGUACGCUGCCGACCAGACCCACUCCACGUUCUUCAAGGCUUGUCGCCUCGCAGGCUUCGACCCCGCCAACAUACGGUCCAUCCCUACCGGGCCGGAAACCAACUAUGGGCUCGACCCGGCAAAGCUUCUCGAGGUCAUGCAAGCUGAUGUCGAUGCCGGUCUCGUGCCAACAUAUGUCUGCGCGACCGUGGGCACCACAUCUUCCAACGCCGUCGACCCGGUGGGUGCCGUCGCGGAUGUGGCCUCCAUGUUCAAUGCAUGGGUCCACGUGGAUGCUGCCUAUGCUGGCAGUGCAUGUAUCUGCCCGGAGUUUCGCCAUCAUCUCGAUGGGGUCGAGCGCGUGGACUCCAUUAGCAUGAGCCCACACAAAUGGCUUCUCACAUGCCUCGAUUGCACAUGUCUCUACGUCCGUGAUGCUCACCGGCUGAGCGACUCGUUGGAGACCAACCCGGAGUACCUCAAGAACGACGCUACUGAUUCUGGCGAGGUCACCGAUCUUAAGGACAUGCAGGUGGGCGUCGGCCGACGCUUCCGUGGGCUCAAGCUUUGGAUGGUCAUGCGCACCUAUGGUACCGCAAAGCUCCAAGAGCACAUCCGUAGUGACGUCGCCAUGGCCAAGAUGUUUGAAGAUUUUGUCCAUGCCGACGACAGGUUUGAGGUGGUCGUACCGAGGAACUUUGCUCUUGUGUGCUUUAGGAUCAAGGGAAGUGGAGCCAUGACGGAGGAGGAUGCCGAUGAGGCCAACCGCUUGCUAAUGGAGAAUCUCAACAAGACUGGCAAGGCUUAUCUUGCCCACACGGUGGUCGGUGACAAAUUUGUGCUCCGUUUCGCCGUUGGAUCAUCGCUGCAGGAGGAGAGGCAUGUGAGAAGUGCAUGGGACCUCAUUAGAAAGACCACGAGCAGCCUCAUGGAUUAAGUGCACGGACCUAAACAAAUCCCUAUAUUUAGGGUACAAUUAUUCUUUUAAAUUUCUUGUUUUUUAUUUUCCUUUGAUUCUGACUAUUAUUUAUUUGGACAUGUGAUUCCUAUUCCUUUUUGUGAUCUAUAUAUAUAGCAGGCCGGUACCAAAGAAAUUGAUUAUAGACUGUAAAAGGGCUUAUAUUGAAUAAACAUGAUAUGAUAUUUUUUUUAUUUGUUACUGUACUCUGCUAGCGAGUGACGAAUGCAUGCCCACGCAUCUCGAUCAAGAAAUAUAUAUACGUUGCACUCAAUAGGAUUUUAGGUUUCAAGAUGCCAAACCGAAGCCGCCACUCGGUCACCGUGUGUUCUCAACUUUUCAUCAAUUAAUUGGUCCUAUCUACAUGCCGUACAAUUCCAUCUCCAAAGUCAGAUCGAACAUAUACUUGCAAGUCUGAAUUAACGGUACUUGCACUGCAGCAUCAGCAAAGCGAAAAUACAGGGUCAGAGUUUUGACACGGAUGUAAAUAAUUAACUAAUCGGUUUAAUUUACGUCCAACGUUUGAUGCUGAUUCGCAGAUGAGAGAACGAUCGACAAGUAGCUUAAUUAAAGUUUGAAUCAAACAAAGCAAAGCAGAAAUACAAGUGGUCAAGUGGGAGUACUAGAGUAGGACAAUACUACAGUAGUAAGGGACUGUUUACUGAAUGGAACGAUUGGUACUCGCAACCAGUCACCCAUCCGUCACCCACCUGAAACUAUACAUAGAUGAUUUACUCGUGGGAUUAGCUCUUUUAUCAAGCAGGUUAUUGCAGUCAGUUGUUGGUUUUGGUUUUAUUUACGUUGGCUUGGGUUUUAGUUAUGUUACGGUGGUGUUUAUUUCAUUUGUAUAUCGUGUUGGGCUGUAGUUGAGGCAAUAUUUACUCUGAGAAGAUAGCGAAGUUGCUCGAUCGGUGAUUGUGAUGUCCUUACACAUUUGGGCCUUGGUGUAGCCUGUGUUGGUUGUGUGAGCCCCUGAAGAGUAUUUGUAGCAUUUGAGUGCUCCGCACCCCUAUAUGAACAUUAAGUUUAAAAAAAUACCGAGAAAUUUCAAAAAAAAAAAUCUUAAAUUUUAGGAUAUGAAACAGGGUGCCCGAUCUACAUUCGUGUGAAAUUUCGUGAAAAAAUAUCAGAAAACAUAUCUGCCCCAAGAAAGACAAAAAAAAU